GUUCAGCCGCUAACAGUUCGUUUCGCGAUGUAUUGUGGAAUAGUGAAAUUCAUGAUAGGCAUGUCUAACUGGCAGCAGUGCUUGUGAUUCAUGCGCAUGGAGCGUAUCGUUGUGAAUGAUAUUUCGUGUACAGAGUAUCGAGUUAAGUAGGAUGGAAACUCGAGUUCUUACGAGCGAAAUUGCGCUAUGCCUCGAAAGACGCUGAAAACGUACCGACGAUCACGUUAACGUGUUCAAGGAUCGACGUGCGUUCGCGUUUAACACUAUUUCCUGAAAUCUGACAGAAUACGGUUUGUUGACAGGUGCGCGAUAUUUUCCUUUCCGUUUUAUUCUUCUCUUUUGUUUCACCUCUGUUCAACCACCUUACUUGUUUUCCUCUUACGUUCGAUUCCCCUUUACCCUUUCAACCCUUAAGCGCCUUAUCCCCCAUUUUCAUCUGCCGGGCAAAAAAAGAGAGCACCUCUUUUUCCCUCACCUCCCCCUCCAUCCUCUAUUGCGUUCGUUCGUCCGCUCGCUCGCUCGCUCGCUCUUUUCGAUUCUUCUCUCUGUCUCUUUCUCCAUGCCUCUCGUUUUCUCUCCCCCUCUUCGAAGCAUCGGCGUAUUUUUCUUUCUUUUAUUAAAUGUACACGAUAACAAGACAAUUUUCGGUUCUUUUGCACACCGUAAACGUGGAUGAGUGAUCGUAUUUUCGUGCGGUGGCCGAUCAUCGUCGGCCGUUCUGCCUCGUACGUGAACGUGAAUGCUCCCUACGUUUAACUGGUGUCAAUGUACACACGGUGUAACGUUAUCGUAGCAUCGACGGACAGAGAGCAUUUCUAAACAGGAUCCUCGUUCAGCUAGAAAAUUCGUCAUGAUGAAGAGCAGUGCUAUGCUUAAGAAAGAAACUAAGAUGCGUAUACGUGCUUUUCCGACUAAUAUGGACGAAAAGUACGUGGAAAGUAUUUGGGCUUUGUUAAAAAAUGCAAUACAGGAGAUUCAGAAGAAAAAUAAUUCGGGCCUUAGUUUCGAAGAACUUUAUAGGAAUGCUUAUACUAUGGUUCUUCACAAAUAUGGGGAACGUCUAUAUACAGGUUUAAAAGAAGUCGUAACACAUCAUCUCGAGAAUAAAGUACGAGAAGAUGUAUUAAGAUCGCUCCACAAUAAUUUUCUCCAAACGUUAAAUCAAGCUUGGAAUGAUCAUCAAACAUCUAUGGUUAUGAUUAGAGAUAUUCUAAUGUAUAUGGAUAGAGUGUAUGUGCAACAAAACGAUGUAGACAAUGUGUAUAACUUGGGUCUUAUCAUAUUUAGAGAUCAGGUUGUCAGAUAUGGAUGCGUGAGAGAUCAUUUACGAGAAACUUUACUAGGUAUGGUAGCGAGAGAAAGAAGGGGGGAAGUAGUAGAUCGCAUCGCGAUAAAAAAUGCCUGCCAAAUGUUGAUGUUACUCGGUAUUAACAGUCGUCAAGUUUACGAAGAAGAUUUCGAAAGGCCUUUUUUACAACAAAGCGCUGAAUUUUAUAGGAUGGAAUCUCAAAAAUUUUUGGCUGAAAAUAGUGCGUCGGUAUAUAUAAAAAAAGUUGAAGCUAGAAUUUGCGAGGAAUCCGAAAGAGCAAAACAUUAUUUAGACGAAUCUACCGAACCUCGAAUAGUAGAAGUUGUAGAAGAAGAGCUAAUUAAAAUCCAUAUGAAAACUAUCGUCGAGAUGGAAAAUAGCGGUGUAGUGCAUAUGCUCAAAAAUCAGAAAACUGAAGAUCUUGGUUGCAUGUACAAAUUAUUUUCACGAGUUUCGGACGGAUUGCGUACAGUAUGCGAUUGCGUCUCCCAAUUUCUCAAAGAACAAGGACGCGCUAUGAUUCAGGAAGAGCACGAUUCGACGACAAAUGCCGUUCUUUUCAUGCAGAAUUUAUUGGAUUUAAAAGAUCGUUUUGAUCACUUUCUUCACUACUCGUUUAAUAAUGAUAAGAACUACAAACUAAUGAUAGCUUCUGAUUUCGAAUACUUCCUCAAUUUAAAUACAAAGAGUCCAGAAUACCUUUCGAUCUUCAUCGACGACAAGCUCAAAAAGGGUGUUAAAGGGAUGACAGAGCAGGAAAUCGAAGGUAUCCUAGACAAAACCAUGGUUCUGUUUCGAUUUCUUCAAGAAAAGGACGUAUUCGAACGGUACUAUAAGCAACACUUAGCCAAACGUCUUCUCUUAAAUAAAUCCGUUUCCGACGACAGUGAGAAGAAUAUGAUAUCUAAACUUAAGACUGAAUGCGGAUGCCAGUUCACGUCGAAAUUAGAGGGAAUGUUCAAAGACAUAACAGUUAGUAAUACUAUUAUGGAUGAAUUUAAAGAUCAUGUCCUCACAUCCAAUACAAACUUACAUGGCGUUGACAUAAGCGUAAGAGUUUUAACAACUGGUUUUUGGCCAACGCAAUCCGCAACUCCAAAGUGUAGCAUGCCGUCAGCCCCGCGAGAUGCUUUCGACGCUUUCCGACGUUUCUAUCUCGCUAAACACAGUGGUCGGCAAUUAACAUUACAACCACAAUUAGGUUCUGCAGAUUUGAAUGCUGUAUUUCACGGGCCACGAAGAGAGGAAAGUACUUGCGGUGGCUUAGACACACCGUCCUCUUCGAGUUCUAUCGGUAAUGGAAGCGGUAGCACUAACGGAAGUUUGUUAAGCCAACGUAGCAGCAGUUGCGGAAACACGAGGAAACACAUAAUACAAGUCUCGACUUAUCAAAUGUGCGUGUUAAUGCUCUUUAACAAAAGAGAGAAAUUAACAUACGAGGAAAUUCAAGGUGAAACCGAUAUUCCAGAGAGAGACUUAGUUAGAGCGUUACAAUCUCUCGCGAUGGGCAAAGCUACUCAGAGAGUGUUACUAAAGCAUCCUCGUACAAAGGAAAUAGAACCUUCGCAUUAUUUCUGUGUCAAUGACAGUUUUACUAGCAAACUACACAGAGUGAAGAUUCAAACGGUAGCGGCGAAAGGUGAAUCGGAACCAGAAAGAAGAGAAACGCGUAAUAAAGUCGACGAAGACAGAAAGCAUGAAAUAGAAGCUGCGAUCGUUCGUAUUAUGAAAGAUCGGAAACGCAUGCCACAUAAUAUACUUGUAACAGAAGUAACGGAGCAAUUAAGAAGACGAUUCUUGCCUUCUCCCGUAAUAAUUAAAAAACGUAUCGAAGGUUUAAUCGAACGUGAAUAUUUGGCACGCACGCCAGACGAUAGAAAGGUGUAUACGUACGUUGCUUAAAGCUCGAAUUCAAAUAUUGGAUCUGUACAAACAUGUAAGUAUUUUGUAAUAAUACAAAUUCCUUUCAACGUAUUUCAACAUUUCGCUAUAUUUAGUCGAUUAAUUAUAUCGUUGCAUCAUCAGUUUUCAUUUACUAGACAUUGUUAUUGCCUUUAUUAUUGUUUCACCAGCAUAAUUAAUACUCUGGCGAUUGAGGCAUUCCACGUCACAGUCAUUUUACUCCGACAGAAUAUCGAUUUCUACAUUCCAUUAAUUAUCGAUAGUCGUUUAUAAUAAUACGCUUCUAUCUUAUAUUUUAGGUUUUGAUAAAAUAUUAUCGUCUCGCGUUGAAUAAAAUUGUUACAUGUGCCACGUAUUAUACACAUUAAUCCUAGACAAAAUUUUAUUUGGUUCAAAACCUAAAAUUUAAAAUGGAAAUUUGCAAAAACAAAAUUGAUGAUGUUACUAAAUGAAUUGGUGUUAUAAAUCGAUAUUGAUUGCCUCGAAAUUCGAAGAAAUAGACAUAUUUUAUAAUUGACUAGUUUGGUGGAAAAGGUUGACGUGUUAAUCGAGAACUGUAAACUUUAUACUCUCAAGUUUAAAACGAAGAUUUAUAAGUAUGUUAUGUAACUUUGAUGAUAUCCUCUUCCCUGAAAUCACUUCAUCGCAUUUCACUCAUAACUGGUUAAAUUAACUGAGACUUGCGAAAAACACCGGCUAUAAUAGAAUAUUAUAAUUGAAAUUCAAUAGCGUUUGAUUCAAACCAAUGUUUCUCAAUGAUAAAUGAAAAGUAAGAUACGAUUGCUAAACACGAUUUCCACAUCGGUCUUAUUACGAUUAAGGACUUUUUCUACACUUGUAAAACUGUGAUUGUCUAUCGUAUAAAAACCACCUGGAUAUACCAUGAACUUCGCUAAAAUACUGGUUUUAUACCAUGACUUUAUUUACGUUUGUGGUUAUCUAUUAUGUGUGUACAUAAGCAGUGUGAAUGUAUAUCUAAGAAUAUAUUUGCCUCAUUUUCA